GAGCCAAUCACGGGCCGCCUGAGUCAGGGCGGGGGCGGCCGGCUGCAACUCCUCUCUGCUCGGCUUCAGCGGUUGUUCUCCAUCCUCCACCUCCUGCCAAACAUGGCGGAAUCCUCCGGGAGCGACAAGAAAGCGGAGCGCGUCGGAUACAUCACCCGAGUCCAGAGUUUCAGCGCCUGCCACCGGCUCCACAGUCUUCACCUGAGUGACGAGGAGAAUAAAGAAGUCUACGGAAAGUGCAACAAUCCCUACGGUCAUGGACACAACUACAAGGUGGAGGUGACUGUACGUGGAAAAAUUGAUCCCGUCACUGGCAUGGUCAUGAAUCUGACCGACCUGAAGAAGUGUAUUGAGGAAGUCAUCAUGAUUCCUCUGGACCACAAAAACCUGGAUAAGGACGUUCCGUACUUUGCCAGCGUUGUGAGCACCACGGAAAACCUGGCCGUUUACAUCUGGGACAACAUGGUGAAGGCUCUUCCCGCCAGCCUGCUCUUUGAGAUCCGGAUUCACGAGACGGAUAAGAACAUCAUAGUAUACCGAGGAGAGUAAGCUUUAAGUCAGUUCUGAUUCGGUUCCUCACCUGAUGAGAGGCUCAAAUCAUGUGAUUCUAAGUACGUUUGGCAAACUAUGAAGGUUUUUCCAUUUAAUUUUAUCCUUAAUUGUCGUUGAAUGACCAGAGCCGCACACCGCUUAGACAGUGAGAAUCAGCUUUAUGUGUAAUUUUAAAGUUUCAUUUACUAUUUUAUGAUUGUUGGUGUUAUUGUGACGCACUUUUAUCCGCUGCUGUUGUUUUUAAAUGUGCUGUAUAAAUAAAGUCGACGUUCAGUUGAGCUUUUUACCCUGUUUAGUGCCGAACACAGCGAGAGAAAGCUCAGGACGGUGCGGGUCAUUUCCUACUUUUCUAGUCAUUUUUAUUUCUUAAAUAGUUGAUUCUUAAACAGUUUUUUUUCAAUUUAUUUUAUUUCUUACACAAACGUGACUUUAUGUGCCCAUUCGUGAGUUUAACCACUUGUUAUGUUGGAUUCUCGAUAAGCAAAUACGCCCUCAUGUACAAAUAAACAUUAAUGUGGUUACA